UAUUUUCAAUACGAACAACAUAUCAAAUAUUAUGCGAUUCAUGUAGUUACAUGUGUUUAUAUUUGCAGGCUGUAAAAUGCGGUUACUGUGGGCAGAUAAUGUACGGAUCCUGUGCGGAGAUUCAAGCCCAUAAGUGCUUCAAAAGCUAUGAUAAAAGUAUUCAUGUCCUCGUUGUCGACGAGAAAGGGCGUGCUACAAUGAGAUUGAAGGAAGUAGGAGAAAGUACGCAGAGAGACGCACUACCAGCAGAGAGUAGCAAUGAGUCUACUUCAUACUCGGCAGACAUCAUGGACGAGAUGCUCAUCGAUGCCGUAGAGCAGAGACCAGGUCUAUGGAAUUAAAAGUUGCCAGUUCAAAAGCAAAGCUCCUGUGUACGAGGAGAAUUGUGGGAUGAAGUCUUUAAUAAUCUUGGUUUUAAAGAUGUAGCGUGGAUGAAAUCUCGAUGGACAUACCUGAGGGACUGCUAUUCAAAAGCUCAUAAAAAAAUGAAGGGUUACGUACGCAGCGGAUCGGGUGCGGAAGCGGGACAUCCGCAGAAAAGUACAUUCCGCUUCUAUUCAAGGAUGCAAUUUCUAGACGAGGCUGCACAAGAAACCCCUACAACAAGCUUUCUACCACAGAACAUAUGUCGUGAUGAAGAUAAUGCACGGAUCCUGAACGAUUUGGAAUUCGAGGAAUGUAAUGUGUAUUCUCCAAUAACUUGUAGCACGCCAGACAAUCCUGAAAGAGCAGGAAGUUCGGCUAAUUGUAGACCACGAGAAAAAAAAAGAAGACAGCAGCACGAUCCCGAUGUGCAGGCACUGCAUAACAACAUAUUGUAACAGUUACUUCGCGAAAAUGCGCCGAAGAAGGAUGCAGUGGACAAUUUCCUGGAGCAGUUGGGAGAUAUCCUGCGUAGAUUGUGUUAUCUUCGAAGAAGGCAAAUGCAAGUAGAGCUGCUGCGUCUCGUUCACAGGACAGAAGACGAAGAAUUAGCGGAGGCGAAACAUGAAAGGCGACAAAAUUUUUCGUAUUAUUAUUCUAUUAUAUUUUGUACUAUUAUCAUUACCUUUAUCUUUCUACCAAUACAUUAUACAUUACAUAAUAAAUAAAUAAAACAUUUAUUUCUAUUUCAAUAAAACCUGAUGAGUAGUUCAUAUUAGGGUCUAAAAAAAUGAAUGGUUUGUUGUUACAUUACAUAUAUGUGUAUGUAAAGUUCAAAACAUUGAGAUGU